AUGAGCUGCUUGGAUGUGAUGUACCAGGUGCUCGGAGCGCAGCCGUACUUCACCUCCUACACGCCCUACCAACACCAACAGCAGCAGCAGAAGCUGACCUUGGACUGGAAAAUGCAAGACUCUCGGGACGGCGGCGGCCGCCCGGGCCCCCCCGCGCCCCACGCCAUCAAGGAGGAGGACAAGGAGUUGCCCCCGGGGGCCGAGUACCUGAGCGCCCGCUGCGUCCUCUUCACGUACUUCCACGGAGACAUCAGCGCCGUCAUCGAUCAACACUUCAGCCGGGCCCUCAGCCACGCCUCCUCCUCUUCCUCCUCCUCCUCCUCUUCCUCCUCGUACCCACCCAGCAGCCAGAAGACCCCCAAAGACGGAUCCUUCCCGAUGAGCCAAAGAAAUUUCCCGGCGUCUUUCUGGAACAGUUCCUACCCGUCUCCUGUCCCUUCGUCGCUGGCGAGCGCCCUGUCGGCCCCCCACUCGGAACUGGCCUUCGCCGCGGGGGACCCGUACGCCCCGUCGCCCCUCCACAGCCACCUGCAUCAGCCCGGCCCAGACGCCUGGCAUCCGUCCCACCCGCACCACCACCACCACCCGUACUCGUUGGGGGGCGGUGUAGGCGCGCAGGGCUCGGCGUACCCGAGGCCCACGGUGCACGAGGUGUACGGCGCGGCGUUCGAUUCCCGAUACGGCUCGCUGCUGGUCCCGUCCGUCAGGCCUCACCACCGCCUGGCAUCGGGGGGCGGCUCGGUGACGGGGUCCGGCGGCUCGCCCUGCGACCUGGGCGGGAAAGGCGAGACCUGGAGCGGGACUUUCUCCGGAGUCGGAGAGAUUGGACUCAACAUGGACGCAGGUCUGCAGACGCAGGACAAGAGCAAAGACUUGUACUGGUUCUAGACGCUUUCUGACCUUCACUCCGC